CCUUAACUGUGUGCGCCUGGUGAUGAAAAACUACUUCUGCUCAAUAGGCUGCCCUUUGCUUACAGAUGCAGGCAGGCCUCCAGAUGUUUUUGAGGAUUCUGUUGAACAAGCAGCUGGUCUGGGCUGCUCUGUACCUGUUUGGGGCAGGUGUAGCAUUAUCAUCUGAACUCGAGUGUCCACAGAAAUGCAUUUGUAAUGAAACUGAGCAAAUGGUGAACUGUUCUUCCAUCCAGCUAACCACAAUCCCAAACAACCUCCCUUUGAAUGCCAAAUCAGUCAAUUUAACCCACAACAAAAUAAGAUCCCUGGGUAGUCAACAGUUUCAAGGCUUAACACGCCUGCAGGAGUUGGAUCUAAGCGACAACAUCCUAGCGAUAAUUGAAGUACAGGCUUUUGUUGGGUUACAAGCUCUGGUGACUCUAAAACUCGCUCGCAAUCACUUGAAGAUUAUUCCCGUGGAGGCGUUUAGCAGCUUACCCAAACUGCAGUUACUAGAUAUUAGCGACAAUGAGAUCCUCGUGUUGUUGGCUUUUACUUUCCGUGAUUUGCCUUCCCUGCGCUAUCUUAAAGCAUCACAAAAUGACUUGGUUUUUAUCUCCCAUAAUGCGUUCACAGGUCUAACAAGUCUACAAGAGCUGUAUCUAGAUGGAGGUAAUCUUACUGAAGUGCCAACUAGAGCGAUAAAUCAACUUGGAGAGCUAAAGAGUCUGCAUUUGCACCAUUUUGGCCUGGUUUCGUUGCCAAAUUUCUCUUUCUACCCACUUGGGCAUCUUAAGGAACUUGUUAUUUCCCAGUGGGUUAUACUUGAGACACUUUCAGUCAAUAGUCUCUUUGGCUUGAAUCUUACAUCUUUAACUAUGACAUAUUGCAACUUUAGCACUGUCCCUUACGUCCCUUGGCAUCAUCUUGUUUAUCUUGUACGCUUGGACCUGUCAUACAACCCUAUUACAUAUAUUUACAAAAAUGUUCUUUCAGGCCUUCUUCGUCUACAAGAGUUUCAUUUAGUGGGUGGAUCCUUGCUUCACAUUGAACUUGGGUUUAAAGGCCUUGUAUAUUUCAGGGUGCUAAAUAUAUCAAGAAACUAUCUCACAACACUUGAAUAUGGCGUUUUUCAUUCAAUUAAUACUUUAAAAGUGCUUGGACUUGACAACAACCCCCUUGUGUGUGACUGCCGUUUGCUGUGGGUGGUAAAAAUACAAUCGUACCUGAAUUUUGGUGGAAAUUUACCAGUUUGUGCCAAAUCUAAUCAGGAGCAAGGGUUGAGUUUUGUUGAAUUUUCACAAGAUGAGAUCUCCAGGCUGCUGACAUGUCGCCGGCCUAGAAUAAGAAAACGUAAAAAACAGGAGGUCGCUGUGGAGCAGGGGCACACAGUGAUGCUUUAUUGCAAUGCAGAAGGUGACCCUGCGCCAUCUGUCACCUGGCUCGACCCCGGGCUCAGACCCUUGUUGCCCAUUGGAAGACUGCGAGCUCUGCCUAAUGGAUCACUGGAGGUGCGGUAUGCCCAGCCUCAAGACAGCGGCACUUAUGUCUGUGUAGCAUCGAACGCAGCAGGAAACGACAGUCUCCAAGUCAGCCUCAAUGUCAGGGGCUUUCCAUCAUCAACCCCUAAAAAGCUAUUCCAUCUCAAGUCCUGGUUCGCCACGCCAUCUGCCACUCCAGAUGCCAGCACCACCCAGGAGUUCCCAUUUGAUGUCAAAACGUUACUGAUAGCAGCGACCAUAGGGUUUCUGUCAUUCUCCAGCUCUGUGUGCUUGUGUUUCAUCUUUAUGUUUUUCUGGAGCAAAAGUAAAGGGAGGAUAAAACACACUGCCACAAUUGCAUAUGUGCCUCGGAGCACUAUGUCCAGCAGUAACAGUGGGAACUGUGCCGAGACGACAAGCAGGUUUACAAUGAAACUGUUAUAA